GCAGAGAGAGGUCACGUGACUGCUCGAUACAUCAUCAAGUACACCACAAGCGUAUCCAAUCCGGACCUGAAGAAGGCCCGCAAAUACCUCGUCUUGUGGCAGAGAGAAGAUGGCUGCGCCGCUCCUGGGAGCCGCCUGGAUUGUGCUAUCUGCCGUGGCACCCUUCGUAUUGGGAGAUGAAGACUGCAUCGGAUACCAUGAUCCUGCAGGCUUUUGGCGUCCUAAGUUUGAUUGUAGAUUUGGUACAUUUUGCUGCGGUAACUGUGAGCACAGAUAUUGCUGUAUCGACCCUAGUAAAUUCAUCACCGAGAGGAUGCAAAAGAGCUGUCUGUUUAUAAGCCCAAAGACAAUCGCUGGAAUUGGCUUUGCUGUCGUCCUCUUCUUUGUGGUGAUUGUGACACUCAUUUGCUGCUUCAUGUGUUCUUGCUGCUACUUGUACCAGCGGCGCCACCAGCGCGGAACACCUUACGUUGUGCAAGAAACCCAGAUGUCAGGAAUUUCUCAGCAGCCUUCAUAUCCUACGCAGCCUUCAUAUCCUACGCAGCCUUCAUAUCCUACGCAGCCUUCAUAUCCUACGCAGCCUUCAUAUCCUACGCAGCCUUCAUAUCCUACUCAACCUCCAUAUCCUAUGCAGCCUCCAUACCCUAUGCCGGCUCCUUAUCCGUCACAACCACCAUACCCAGCUGACCCCAAGUUUGCUCCACCUCCACCAGGAUAUGAACCUGUACCUGUGUAUGCACCAAGUGGUCCAACAGUCCAAUACCCUGUAUACUCUCCAGGACCUCCUAUGUACAGUUCAAAUGUUGCUCCUCCAAACAUAACUUAUCCUGGAGUAUGAUAAAACUUAACAGGAAAAUGGUUGCCACUGGUUUGUUUUAGAGUUAAAUUCAUUGAUUUCAUAUCUCUUCAUAAGGAUAUCUUGUAUUUAUUUUUUGUUGUUUUCACACCUGUAUAACCACUUUACUACCAUGUAAUGUCAAUGUAUAUCCCUCCAUUUGGGAGACCAUUUGUUUUAACUUGCGUCACUGACUGUCAUGGGUUUAUAUGUUUUACUGUUGUUAAAUAUUUUACUUCUGUUUAUGUAAUCGUACACAACUGUGAUACCUCGUGGUGCAAACACGACUCCAGUAAAUAUUUGCAAAAUCUUUUUUUUAUUUAGGUGUAGAGUGACAACGCGUUUCGGAGUAAAUAUAUUCCUUUUUCAAGUCUGUGGGGUCCGUGCUAAUGCAGAUAGCGUAGCUUCUCACAUGUGGAUAGUCCAAGCUGAUAUGUGGAAUCGUCAAGGUCUGGAAAACAAGGAAGGAGUCCAGUGGCUCUGACAAUUCGGAUGACUGGAGUUUAGUGAAGCAAGGUAGUCAAGUAAUAGUCCAAGUUUGGUACACAGAUGAUUGUGAUAGCUGCGGUGUGAGGCAGAGGCGUAGUCAGGUAACAGAUAAGAACAGUUUGCAGGAAGCUCAGGAGCAGUAGAUGGCCUAAAGGCAGGACGCACAAUCUGGCCGGUUUGUGCGUCCUGCCUUUAGGCCAUCUACUGCUCCUGAGCUUCCUGCAAACUGUUCUUAUGUUACCUGACUAUGCCUCUGCCUCACACCGCAGCUAUCACAAUCAUCUGUGUACCAAACUUGGACUAUUACUCGACUACCUUGCUUCACUAAACUCCAGUCAUCCGAAUUGUCAGAGCCACUGGACUCCUUCCUUGUUUUCCAG